AUGAUUCUCUCUAUGAUUCAAAUGGGACAGUCCUUUGACAAACUAUACUUUGCCAGUGAGGCUUAAUUAAUUAAGGUUCAUAUUUGUGUAUCAACUCGCACUGUGACCCAGACGUCAUGGAUAAUUUAUUGCAUUAUAAUUGUAAACGAUAAGUACGAGUAUGUAGAAAUUAUUAAGUACAUAUAUAACAAACGAAUGCGCCAGUCGUUGCCAAGUUUUGCAUCCGGGCAGAUUCGCGAUGUUACUGUGUAUACCGUUAUUAAUUUUAGUGUUAUUUAUUGGGUUGCAUUUGCACAUUAGAUAUAGUCAUGCAGGCCGACUAAUCGCCAAAAUUCCUGGACCAAGAGGGUGGCCUCUGAUAGGAAACAUCUUUCAGGUUUUAUUACCGCCAGAUGAACUAUUUUUAUUUGCAAGAAAACUGCGAGCUGAGAUUAAAGGACCAAUAAUAAAACUAACUUCUUUCAAUGUUCGCGUUAUUAACAUUUACGACCCACUGGAUAUCGAGACAAUACUGUCUACAACCCGUUUUAACGAAAAACGCAUUCCGUACACUUUCCUAGCACCCUGGCUCGGCCAAGGAUUACUAGUGAGCAACGGAAAUAAAUGGCACCAAAGGCGAAAGUUGCUAACUGCGGCGUUUCACUUCAACAUUCUGAAGCAGUUCAGCCAUACGAUUAUCGAGCAAACGGAGGAGCUGGUGGGCUGUGUGCAGGCCGACCUCGGCAGCCCCAGGACCGAUUUGCUGCCUAUCAUAACCAAGGCAACUCUUCGCAUUAUGUGCGAGACUUCCAUGGGUACGUCAUUACGUGAAGGUACAGAAUCAAAAAAAUACUUUUCAGCGCUCCAUACGAUUGGUUAUUGUAUAGUCAACCGAAUGAUCCGACCUUGGCUGUAUCCCGAUGGAAUAUUUUACCUCUCUGCAUUUUGGAGAAUGGAAAAGUCUGCCUUGAAAUAUUUACAUAAAUUUACAAACCAAGUUAUUCUAGAAAGGAAAUUUUCCAAAGCUACUAAUGAGAAAGUUAAUGACGGUUCGGAAGUGCAUGGUCAAAAAAAGAAACAAGCAUUUUUGGACUUGCUUCUUGUCAACGAAAGGGAUAACAAAAUAGACGAGACUGGAAUUAGGGAAGAAGUGGACACGUUUAUGUUUGAGGGUCACGAUACAACUGCUAUGGCGCUUUGUUUUAUGAUAAUGAGGAUCGCCAACGAACCAAUUGUCCAAAAUUGUAUUUACGAGGAGCUGCAACGUAUAUUUGGAAACGAUAGUCAUCGACAAGUGACAUUCGAAGACCUGGGCGAGAUGAAGUAUCUGGAGUGCUGCAUCAAGGAGUCCCUGCGCCUUUACCCCAGCGUGCCAUUUAUCGCUCGCCACAUGACUGAAGACGUUACAUUAGGAGGCUAUAGAGUACCAGCUGGUACUAUUUGCCAGAUCAACGUCUUCGAUAUCCACCGAGAUGAAGCUCUUUACCCAGACCCUGAACGAUUUAUACCGGAAAGGUUUUUUAAUGGAAAACGACAUCCGUAUGCUUACAUACCAUUUAGCGCUGGACCAAGGAAUUGUAUAGGUAUGAAGUUCGCUAUGAUGGAGUUGAAAGUGGUGAUGUGCGGGCUGUUGCGGCGGUUCCGGUUGGAGCCGGUAACGCGGCCCGAGGAUGUGAGGUUCACCGGCGACCUGGUACUGCGGGCCGCGCACCCGCUAUACGUCCGGUUCGUCAGUCGGGACUCCAGCGACUGCUGAUGUGCGAGGUACUGCGGAGGUUCCUACUGGGGCCGGUAGCGUGGCCCACGGAUGUGGUGGAUAUCCUCGGUUUCUCCAGAAUCCCACAAGAAAUCAUCAUACCGGUCCCACCGUAUUCGAGAAAUCGGCAAAUAUACCUACCUACAUUUAAAACACUCUAAUGGCCGCAAUCAUAAACGCAUUACAAGCCUGAGUUUGCUAUGAAUCGUUUGCAUUUGUAAGAAAGGGAUAAAACAUAAUUUAACCUAUUCAGGCUCGUAAAGUUUUAUGAAUAAGGGGGUAAGACCCCGACGAAUUGAAAACCUCCUUCUAAGCGUUUAUUACACUGAUGCCGCAUCCGAUUGGGGUGAACAGAUUUUAACCUACAGUCAUGGUUCCAGUAGGAA